AACUCUGCCGGUGAAGGUUGUGGCCUCUUUAAGCCUGCGCGUUUCCUCCUGCGGCUAAACACAGAAGAGGCUGGCGCUUCCUUCGCGGCGAAGCAGCACAUAAUAUUCACAGCUCAUGUUAUAGGAAAAGCAGAACAGAUAUGGGUGUAAUGCCGUCCCAUUACCCAUAGCUGGGUGAAUUGUGGUCAAUCCAGAAAUACAAGAAUUCCAAUAAGCACAUUAAAAGAAUCCUAAUAUACUAUGGCAGAAACAACAGGUUCAUGCACCAGUAAUUUCCUCUGUGUUUGCAUCUUUACAACAACAUUGUGGAAUACCAUCCAUACUUCAGCGGAAAAUGGGUUUAAGGCAAACUACUCAAAGAAAGUUCUAGAUAGUGUUCCUAAGAAUGUACAAGCAGAAACAACAGUGUUGGACUUGUCAUAUAACAGUAUCUCUGAACUACAGAUUUCUGAUUUUCGUUCACUUUCCAAACUGCAGACACUAAUUCUGUCUUAUAACCUCAUCAGAGAGCUUGACUUCAGUGUUUUCCAGUACAAUAAAGUCUUAGAACAUCUAGAUGUAUCCCACAACAACUUGCAAACUCUUUCUUGUCAUCCUAUUCCAAGUCUUAGGCAUUUAGAUCUCUCUUAUAAUAAUUACACAGCUAUACCAUUAUGUCCCAAGUUUGACAAAAUGUUGAAUCUGGAAUAUCUUGGCCUCAGCAUUAGAAGAAUGCAGAGAUCGGAUUUUGGUGUUCUUGCUCAUUUACAGCUGGGUACUCUGUUCUUGGGCUUAGAAGAUCUCUCUGAAUAUAACUUUGGAAAUCCUCUAGUAUUCAAUGCAAGGAGUCUUUAAAUUGCACUCCCUGAAAAGGCAAGAUUCCACAUUUUCUUGGAUCUAAAAGUCAGUAUUACAGAACGUUUAGAGCUUUCAAAUAUAGGACAACAGCAAGUCAAUGACCUGAUAACAUUUUUGUCAAGACUUGAGAAAAAUGGAAGAUUGCUAAACCUAACAUUGAGUAAUGUACAACUCACAUGGGAAAACUUAUUUGAUAUGUUUUGGUAUGUGUGGACCUCCACUAUUGAAUAUUUCAAUGUCUACUAUGUAACCAUUUUGGAAGUAAAAUAUUAUAGGCCUUUUGACAUUGAUACAUCACUAAAAGCCUUGGCAAUUAAAAAUGUUAAGUUGAGAGCAUUGGAUUUUAACCAGACCAUCAUAUACACAUUCUUUGCAAAUAUGAAGAUUCCAGCCUUGACAAUAAUUGAUACAGGUAUAGUGAGCAUGCUUUGCCCUUCAAAUCGUAGUGGUUUUAUCUACUUAAAUUUUUCAAAUAAUUCAUUGACUGACACACUUUUCAAAAAAUGUGAUAACUUGAACCUCCUAGAAACACUUAUUUUACAACGGAAUAGUCUUAAAGAUCUUACCACACUGAGUUUAAUGACAACUCCCAUGAACUCUCUGAAAUAUUUGGAUAUGAGCAAGAAUUUAUUAUGGUACAAUGGGAAUAAGUGUGAAUGGGGAGAAAAUCUAGUUAAACUGAACUUGUCAUCUAAUGCGUUGUCUGAGCUGGUCUUUAGAUGUUUGCCAGUCAAUAUUCAAAUGUUGGAUUUACAAGACAACCAAAUUUCAAGUGUUCCUAUGGAGAUCAUUGAGCUGAACUAUUUAGAAGAGCUAAAUUUGGCUUCUAAUAAGCUAACUGCAUUGCCUGGCUGUGGUCAUUUUAGAGGUCUCAAACUACUGAACAUAGAACAUAAUUCAGUUCUCUCUCAGUCUUCGGAGUUUUUCCAAAGCUGUCAGAAUAUCAACAUCUUGAAAGGAGGACACAAUCCAUUCACGUGCUCCUGUGAAUUAAGACAGUUCAUUAAUCUUGAAAAACAAGGAUCUAUAGAGUUGAUAGGUUGGCCUGACUUUUAUGUGUGUGAAUACCCGCACCACUUAAAGGGAACCCUUUUAAGAGAUUUUCAUGUAUCUGAAUUUGUUUGCAAUGUGAAGCUUUUGAUUACUGUAGUUCUAAUCAUUACAGUGGUUUUAUUGGUUGCUGUCUCUUUCGUCUGCAUUUAUUUUGACAUUCCAUGGUAUUUGAAGACAAUGUGGCACUGGAGUCAAGCAAAGCACAGGAUUUGGAAGAGCAAGCCUGAAGACAUGCUUGACAGCAUACAAUUCCAUGCUUUUAUCUCCUACAGUGAGCGUGAUUCUGAUUGGGUGAAAAAUGUCCUAAUUCCAAAUUUGGAGAAAGAGGACACAUCCAUACGUAUCUGCCAGCAUGAGAGGAACUUUGUUGCAGGCAAGAGCAUUGUUGAGAAUAUAAUUGACUGUAUUGAGAAAAGUUACAAGUCCAUCUUUGUGUUGUCUCCUAAUUUUGUGCAGAGUGACUGGUGUCAUUAUGAGCUCUAUUUUGCCCAUCACAAGUUAUUCAGUGAAAAUGCUGACAGUUUAAUCCUGAUUUUAUUAGAACCAAUCCCAUCGUAUGUAAUUCCUUCCAGGUACCACAAACUAAAAGCUCUCAUGGCAAAGCGAACGUACUUGGAGUGGCCAAAAGAGAAAAGCAAGCAUGGACUUUUCUGGACUAAUCUUAGGGCAGCCAUUCAGAUUAGGCUUCCAAACAAUGAAACUGAGAUGAAGGCGUUGUAGAUCAAAAGUCAGUUUUCAUUGAGAUUAAUUUAUAUUCAUAUAAAUCAGAUAAUGGAUUUCAUUGUAUCAGUGAAGUACAACUAUUAUGGCUGAAUAAU